CCGGGUUGAUCGCACUCUUCUCCGGCUUCCCACAGCUUUGACACACAGCAGAGAGAGAGAGAGAGAGCGAGAGAGAGAGAGGAGGGGGGAGAAAAAGACGCACUCAGACCAAACCCCUACUAUCCGCUCCUACCAGCAGGAGAAGAGAGAAGAUGUCCGAGCCCAACAAUAAGUACCGAGAGUGGAUCCUGGAAACCAUCGACUCUCUCCGCUCGAGGAAAGCCCGCCCGGAUCUGGAGCGGAUCUGUCGGAUGGUCCGGAGACGACACGGGUCUGACUCGGACAGAACCAGGCAAGAACUGGACAAACUGAUCCAAGAGCAGACGGUGCUCAAAGUUAGCUACAAGGGCUCCAUCUCGUACCGAAAUGCGGCGAAGGUGCAGAGGAAGAGCAGAAAGAAGAGUAGUGAGUUGACGGUGACGGCCGCUGUAGCUGGCUCCAGCAGCAGCAGCAGCAGCAGCAGCAGAGAGGACGCAGCAGCAGCAGCAGCAGCGACCAAACAUGAUCACCAGCUCAACAACAACAACGGAGACAGUGCGCACAGCUUCACCGACCAGGAGGAGGAGGAGGAGGAGGAGGAGGAGGAGGACUCUGAGCCCAGCCCAGAUCCACAAACAUCAGCCAGCAAGAAGAAGAAGCUGAAGCUUACUGCCUCCUCCAGCCCGAGUAGCCUCUCCGGUUGUGGCGCAACAACAACAACGCGCUGCGCUGCCCGGAGCGGCUGUGAAGAGGAGAAAACAAGUGCGCCGAGAGACAAUAAGGGAUUAUUGUUAUUGGGACAGCAGGGAGCUACUAGGGACAACUGCUGCUGCUCCCAGUCUCCUGGUCCAAGUCAGAGAACAAACGAAGGUGGAGGUGGUGAUGCCGGCAGGAGAACACCGAGCAAAGCAGAUGGAGGAGAGAAAGAAGAAGAAGAGGAGCCGUGUUUGUCUGGAGAUGACACCCAGAACAAAACUUCUUCUCUCUCUGGGAGCGUCAGCAGCAAUAACCCCCCGCAACAACAACAACAACAACAACAACAACAACAACAGAGACAGAAGCAGACUGCUGUUGUGCCUCUCAAGCCCAAACUUCGAGGAGGAGGAGGCACCAAAACUGCGGAGAAGAACCACCACGCCAACUCCGAGCUGCUGGGCGACAGACUGGUGGCUUCUGUUCGCAGCCUGUCCGAGAUCAGGAGGAGCAUCCGAGGAGGAGGUGCAGCGACCACCACCACCACCAGCAGCACCAGCAGAGGAGGCCACAUGAAGCCGCUCGGGCUGAAGGAGAUCCUGGGCUAUCUGAGCAGCCAGGAGCGACUGUCAGAGGAGAAGCUGACCCGAGGCAAAGUCAAAGUGGUGAUGGAGAGGGAGGUGGCGAGAGGCCGGCUGCGGAGGACCCGCUGCGGGAACAUCACUCUUCCACUGAGGGGGAUGGAGGCGGAGGAGGUGGAGGUGGAGGAGAAGAAGAGGAAUGCGUCCGCUGACAGACUUGGAGAGAAGAGCGCACUGCAGGACAAUAAGAAGCAGCACACGGGGAUAAAGCCGCCGUCCCCCUCUCUCCUCCAGGAGAAUGAGCCGAUGGAAGCAGCCAGUGAAGAAGAGCAACGGGAAGAGCAUGAGGAAGAAGAGGAGGAGGAGGAGGAGGAGGAGGAAGAGGAGGAUCCCCGGAGUUCUGAUGAGGAGGAGGAGGGAGGACUAUCCCCGGUAGCCAUGACAACUGAACCAGAGCUCAUUGAGAAAACCACAGAAGAUGCUGCUGAGAUCCAGCAGACAGCAUCAAAACAGGAGAGGCCCCAACAGCAGCAGCACGAUGGAAAAGGGAUGUGCGGGCUUGAUUCCCUCACCAGGACGCCACGUCCACCUGUUCAGGGAGCUUCCCUGUCACAAUGUAACAGCGUUCACUUGGAGGAGAGAGCUGUCGUCCCUGAUCCACUACAUACGGAGGCACAAAUGCAGCAUGACAGACUCAACCACAUCUCCUCAGGCUUUAACGGCUUGGAGUCUAAGAUAGAGGUCGGCGUGUCGUCCUGCCUGCUCACACCCACGGCGUCCCCCAGAGACUCCGGCAUGUCUGAGGACCGAGGGAUGAACGGAGGAGUUAGCAGUGGAGGGUUUAUGAAGUCUGAGGGGGCCAAUGGGAGCCCGGUGGACUGGACAGUGUCUGAUGUGGUCAGUUAUUUCACAGCAGCAGGUUUCCCUGAGCAGGCUGCUGCCUUCAUGACCCAGGAAAUCGAUGGCAAGUCUCUUCUCCUCAUGCAGCGUAACGAUGUUUUGACUGGCCUGUCAAUCAGACUCGGCCCCGCCCUCAAGAUCUAUGAGCGUCACGUAAAGGUGCUGCAGAAAACGCACUUUGAUGAUGACGACUGUUAACAACAGAAAUACACACAGAGACUGUUAACUCUGUAUCUACAUAUUAUAUAGCUCAAGUAAUCCUAUAAAAAUGCAUGCAUGAUAUAUACACUUUUCAUCUCAUGUCAAACAGCGCAAACACACACACACACACACACACACAAACCUAUGUUUCUCUUCCUCUGGCCCUCUACGACUGCUCUGGUCCCGAAACGACACUCAGAAAUGAAACUGGAUUUCCUGGACAUAGAUUUUCUACCAAACAGAGCACAAAUGUUGGCGGGAGAAAGUAGACUCAAACAUUUCAAGAUGCAGAGGUAAAAAAAAAAAAGUCAUGCAAUUUCUCUUUUUUUUUAAUUUACAAUAAUCUAGCACUUUGCAAUUUCUCGACUAAACUGUGCAAAAUGGUUUGUUUUUAAACUGUUUUUUUGUGCUGACCUUUAUGCACAUUUUGAAAGAGGUCGUGGUUAUUUUGUGCGGAAGUAAAUUUCCCUUUGUUGUUUGAGGCUUUGGUGCAAGGGUUUCCCGCUUGUGGGUGCGUGUUUGUCAUUGUACACAUACUGUAUGUGUGUGGAGGCAUGACAGAGCAUGAUGGAUGGAGCAGAAACAAAUUAGAAGUUGACCAGAUUAAAUACAUUCCCAGAAGCUGGAUGGUUGGGAUGCUGACCCGUCAUAGUCCUCAUGUAUAUCAGGAUAAAAUCCGGUGCAGGGUUCACGACCUUGUGAAAGCGGUCGUUGGUCAAAGCAAUAAGCUGAUGAUUCCCCCCGAGAUGUUUGAGAGGUUGUUGAAUCUUGUCAGCUCACAGAUCGGUGCUUCAGAUGAAAAUAUAUGACAACGUUUUUAAUAAUGUUUUUAAGCAGAGCUAGCCAUGAUCUGUUCUGAUCACCACGUCAGGGGCCGGUUUCACAAAGACAGACUUUGACUGUGGCUUAGAUCAAACCAGUCAGACUCCAGAUGGACGUCGAAAUUCAUCCAUUGCACAAAGCUGUCUAGUUUCUUGACUGUCUAUCUAUCUAUCUAUCUAUCUAUCUAUCUAUCUAUCUAUCUACCUAUCUAUCUAUCUAUCUAUCUAUCUAUCUAUCUAAGUAGGGGACUAAUAGAGUGUUGCAGGAUGAGUCCUAAGACCCGGAAAUGAGUUCGCAUUUAAGCACUUCCGGUUCCCUCGUCUCAAAGUCAAUGGGUUUUUGGUUCAAAUAAGGUCUGUGGUUAAGACAAGCUUAAGAGAUUUUAACGUUUUGUUCUACGACAUAAAAUACGUCAGUAAAUAUCCCACUCGUGACUUUUGAAGCCUUUCUGUGUCUUAAAAAUGGUGGUUGCUAACAAGUGGCUAAAUGAGACUACUAAACGUCAUCAUGCCGACUCGUCCGCCUUCACAGCCUCGUUGUGUAAACUCGCAACCGUGGUGUAGUUCGUUUAUAGCCUAACGUUAACUUUUUACUUCUGGCGAUUGCAUUUACGCUUCAAAAAUCAUAAAAGUAGUGUUCAUUUGUGACGAUUAUCUUAUGUAAGAAAACAUGUAAGUAUCAUAAAUGUGUGUUUGCCACAGAGUUUAUUUUCUGCAAUAAUCCAAAACACAAUGGAAAAAUCCCAUUGGCUUUUUGUCGAGGGAACCCAGGGAGAUGCUCACUUCCUGGUUGAACUAGAAAAAUAUGUCAUCCCUGGAGCACUCUAUUUGCAAUAAAUUGUGGGUAAAUUCAGACUUUUUUUCAAAUAAAAAAACAAAACAUGGCUGACCGAGCAACUGCAUCAAGCCGCUCAGCUCGUUCACUCAAGAAAAUGUUUGUUUCUGGAAAGAUUCAAUGAUCACAAGGCCAUUUUUCUGGGAAUAUUCAGCAAAGUGUAACAAUACAAAAACUCAAGCUGAGAUGCUGUGGCUUCUUCAUGUGGCAGGACUCAGUACUUCUGUUUAACUCGUCUGUUAGUCAGGCUCAAGACUGACGCUGUCCUCACUCCUGUACCUUUCCUAAAAACUCCUUCCCUACUACGUUGUUAGGAAACCACAAAGCAUGAGCCAUGUUUUCCUCUUUUUUUGUCAUUUGGUUCCACUGGUCAGCAGAUGUCACUGAUUGUAAUUAAGACUGGCCCAACACUACAAACCAGUCUAAAACAUCUUUGUGAAACUGGCCUCAGUCGGCUGCCGAAAUGUUGAUCAAACACGCCAGCUAACUGAACUGAAAUCAGCAGAACAAUCAGCUCUCAACUAAAUGUAAUAGAGUGUAAAUAUAUUGAAAAUAAGCCAAUCUAAUACAUCAGCCUCCAUCUGUAAAAUAUUGAAAAACUACUAUCUAACUAAAAGAUGUUAUCGCAGGGUAAAGCUGAGUCAAUCAAUCAACUAAUCUCAUACCACCAGCAUUUUUUAACUGUUUUUACCGGUCAAACCUUAGAAACCAAAUGUUGUCAAAUGGUCACACACAUCUCAUUCCCACCUUUACUGUAACGGCAUACAUUCCAGGCUUGGCAUCUCCUCUGUGCAUGCAUUAUUAAAUUACUGUUUUGUUGUCUCAUAUUUGUAUAUUUCUGUUUUCAGCAUAUACGUUUCAUUUUGUGAAUGUUUUCAGUCCACUCUCCACACACUGAUGUUCAAAUCAACGUUUCUUUGUGCAUUCAAACCUCCUCUACCUCUCUCCCCUCGUUUUCCCUUUCACUUUCACUUUCUUUGCAACUUCCAUGAACACAUUGUCAACUUAUUCCAUCUAGUUGAAGGUGUACGUUACGAUGUCUGUUGCCAUUGUUAGCAUCAGAUCAUUUCAUUGUCAUUAGGUGGGGACAGCUGUGUUGGAGUCCAGAUUCUCACAAGGGGGAAUGUACAGUGCGUCUAUGCCCUUGUUGCGUGUCUCAAGUUAUUUGUUAAAGGACAAUUUUAGUAAUAAAAGUUUGAAUUAAAACAC